AACUAUAACCAUGUAUUCUUAUACAAUAUUCUUAGUACUCCCAUUUCAAACUAAUCUUUGGAAAUAUAUGUACAAAUCAACAUGCAUCCAAAAGAUGGUGUGAACUCAAUUUUAACCAUGGGAAACUUGACAAAAUCAAAACCUUUCCAAAGAGUGAUUACAUUUGUAUUUACUGCUAUUUUGAUAACUGUUGGAUUAUCUGUGAUAUUAGAUUCACUGAGAAUAAAAUUCCAGAAAGAAGUUAAUUUAAAUAAAUCUGAGGAUGCCAGCUAUGAUGGGCUGAUACUGCACAAUUCUAGUAGUGACAAUUAUGACAAGUCAGGCAUGCCAUACAAUGUUACUGAUCUGUUACCUCAAAAAAGAAUAAGGAGCCCAAGGUUUGAACCAGUUGAUGACAGAAUCCAUUUACAGAUUAGUCAUGUACCUAAGUCAUAUCAGUAUGCUUUAGACAACAAGAUUGAUGUACCAAUGAAACUGCUUUAUUUUCAUGGAAGUGAAAGACAAUGGUAUUUAAAGGAAGGACAGACAUACUUCUUGAAGGAGAAGUGUCCAGUUAAUCGUUGCCUAGUGACAUAUAAACAGUCUGAAGGAAGAACUGCUGACGCUGUGGUAUUUUUAAAUCCUUUCACACUACCAUCGAACCCACCAUGGCCUAGGAGGUCUGUAGAUCAGAUCUGGGCAAUGUAUUCACUAGAAGCUCCACAUAACACUAACUCUGCUUCAGGGUAUAGAAACUACUUUAACUGGACAAUGACAUACAGAAGGGAUUCCACCAUAACUACACCUUACUUUAAAUUUCUAUAUUACAAACAGCCCUUACCUAAAGAAACAAUUGAAACUAACUUAGCCACAGGUAAAACAAAGAAAGUAGCAUGGAUGGUUUCUAACUGUAACUUAGUAAGAAGUGGACGUAUGACGUAUGCUAGACAAUUAGCCAAAUAUAUCAAUAUAGAUAUCUAUGGAGCAUGUGGAAAUAAAUCGUGCCGGAAAAGUGAUCCAAAGAAAUGUUAUACGAUGAUCAAACAAAACUACAAAUUCUAUCUUGCUUUUGAAAAUUCCAAAUGUUUAGGAUAUUACACAGAAAAGUUCUCACAGAAUGCUCUUCGAAACAACGCCAUACCAGUUGUUCUUGGAGUGUCACGUGCUGAAAUCAAAGCAGCAGCACCCCCUGGAUCCUAUAUUCACGUGGAGGAUUUCGAUUCACCGAAACAAUUAGCAGAUUAUUUGCAUCGUAUAGAUAAAGAUGACAAUUUAUUUAAUGAAUAUUUCCGAUGGAAACGUUAUGGUAAAAUGACCAAUACAAAAACAUGGUGUAGACUUUGUUCCAUGCUGCAUGAAAAGUCCUUGCCACCCGUUACACAAACAGAUAUUGACACAUGGAGGAGUAAAUCGUGUAUUGGAGCCAGGAAGUGGGGCUACUAGUUAUUUAAAGGCAUAAAGGAUAUAAAUGCCGAUCCUUGGUUCUUAGGGAUAUAUCCUAUUAUUGUGUUUACGUAGAGUAAAAAUCAUAUGGAAAUUAAGCGGAUUUUUCUAUCCCCUUUCUGGUUUGAAGAGUCAUAGAUGGAGUAUAUUUUAUUAUAUAAAACCUCCAGAUAAAGCAGUACUGCAAAAAAAAAAAGAGAGAUAGUUUAGGUCUUUUUGGACACAACACUUGCAGAACUCCAUAAACAUUGUCAGCAUUUUAGUUGAAGGGAUGUGCAUCAAUUAGAAGUGCUCAAAUGAUUAAUAAAAUACUUUAAAUAGAA